AUGGGGGCUGCAGCACAACCUGCCACCCUCCUGCUGCUGUCACUACUCCAGGCUCUGAUCCAGACCAAGACCCAGAGUGGCACUGGGUCACACUUGCUGAGCUAUUCCGUAACCACCACCACCACCACCGCGUCUCCAACCACGUCUCCAACGGGUCUCCAAGUCUUCAUCGUUGGCUAUGUGGACGACACUCAAAUCCUGCGCUUCGACAGUGAGGCAGCUACCAAGAUGGAGCCACGUGUGCCCUGGGCGAAGCAGAUGGGGCGAGAUUAUUGGGAGCGGGAAACAACAGGUCUGGAGAGUUAUUCACACACUGCCCGAGAAAACCUGCGAUUCGCAAUCCGGAUCUAUAACCAGAGUGAUGACGACCGACUCUUCCUCCGUGGGCACUAUAGACAUGCCUUUGAUGGCGGUGAUUACAUCAGCCUUAACGAGGAUCUGAGAACUUGGACUGUGGCAGACAACACAGCUCAGAUCACCCAGCAAGAGUGGGAGACAAAAAAGGUAGCAGAGAUCUGGAGGAACUUCUUGGAGGGAGAAUGCAUUGUUUGGCUACAAAGGCACCUGGAGCUAGGGAAGGAGAUUCUGCAGCGCUCAGACCCUCCACAGGCACAUAUAACCCAUCAUCCUAGACCUGAAGGUGAUGUCACCCUGAAGUGCUGGGCCUUUGGAUUUUACCCAGCUGAGAUCACCCUGACCUGGCAGAGGGACGGGGAAGACCAGACCCAGGACAUGGAGCUAGCAGAUACCAGGCCUGCAGGGGAUGGAACCUUCCAGAAGUGGACAGCUGUGGUGGUGCCUCCUGGGGAAAAGCAGAGAUACACAUGUCAUGUGGAUCAUGAGGGUCUGCUUGAGCCCCUCAACCUGAGAUGGGAGCCAUCUCCUUGGCCCACAAUUGGAAUGACUGUUGGUGUGGUUCUUCUUGGAGUUGUGAUCACUGGAGUUGCGGCUGCCAUUGUGAUGAUGAGGAAGAAAAAUGCUGCUGGCACCACAGGAGUCCUCAGCUCCACUAGUUGA